CACAGCAUCAAUGUUCAAUAACCUUAUGUCAUUGUGAAGAACCACCCAUUACUUUAAUGAGGUAUCGUUUGUGGGCUGCUUCUCCACAAAAGCCCAGAAUCGCUUUUGACAUAAGAUUUAUGGAGCUGCUACGAGUUCUGCAGUUAGAAGCCCAUCUACCCGCAAAGGGCUUUUGUGAUGCAUUGGAUCAUCUGGACAAUGAUUUUAUUCAUAACUCAGAACAUUUUCCAAAAGAUAUCUACAGAGCUGUUAUUGGUGAUUGCCUAAGGGAAUACCUUUAUCAUAGUUCUUUGCUUAAAACCAGAUAUACUUAUCUUGAAUCAACUAUUGGUCGUGAAUGUCCAAUUUGCAGGCGGGAACCUUCAUUGAUAUCUUUCGAUGCAAAUUUUGGACUGGUCCAUAAGGAAUCAUCAGGAGAUGGUCAUGGUAAGACCGCGGCAAGACAUAAUGACUUCCUCUUUGUGGAUCCUUCCAAGUUUAAGAACUUCAUCGAGGAUUACAAUGUGGAUAAAGGUUCCUAUGUUAAUGAUUGCUCCAAUUUCCAAGCUGGAAGCCUCGUAAGAUCCAAGUCAAAAAACGCCAAAUUGGAUGUGAAGGGGCUAUUUGGCUCCAUAUGUAAACACGAUAUACCUUAUUUAUUCAUUGAUAUGGAGUAUGGUGAAAGACUUGGGUAUGCUGUUUUUAUAAUGGAUAAACUCUUGGAAGAAAAUGAAAGCAAAACAGUUCUCAUGUAUGACAUUGCUUGCAUGUUACAUAAACAUCUCAUGAAAAAUAAAAGAAAUGACCUCCUCGAUAAAUUUUCAUUCGCUGUUCCUGUGUUCCACAGUUUUGCACAUAACAUGCAAUGCCAAUUAAAAUAUGGACAGAAAUUUAUGGAUGAUUGUGGGCUCACUGAUGGUGAAGGCAUAGAACGCCUCUGGAGUUACCUACGCAGGUUCAAGUCAAUAACAAAAGAGAUGUCAUACGACAACCGUGUUGACUUGUUAACAGAGGCGUUAAUCCAUAAUUCCGAAAAAAUUAUUUCAAACAUGGGUCCAAGAUUGCAUUCCAAAUUAUGUAAAGCAGAAAAGAUUAUUAAAGAUUCUCCUUUUAAAAAUCAAGAAGAACUAUCUCAAGCUGGAACAUGGUUGCAGAAUUGGAAAAAAGAUACAGAAUCGAAAAAUACUAAAGGAAACGAAUUAAAUUCUACAGAAAAGUUUGUUGAAUGUGUUCACAAAAUAAAGACUAUAAGCACAAGUGUUGGAGUAAUGCAUUAUGAUGCCAACAAAGAAGCUUUAAUAACAAGGUAG